AGUGGGGGGAAAUGGAGGUUAAGGAUGAAAUGUGAUCGUCCUGGGGGACAAGACAUCCGAGGUUUGACGAUUAAGCAUCAAGACUGGCUUAGACCGGGGGUGGUGGGGAACCAAAAGCUGUCGAGGAGAGGCUGCAAUCCAGGUAGGGCAAAGUCCUCCAGAGAUGGAGUGGAAACUGGAGCGCACCGCCCGGAGGAGGAUCCGAACUGAAGAAGAGAUGCUGUGGGAGGAUGUCAUGCGGGUGCUCGCCAAAGACAUGAAGCAGAAGAGAGGUCAAGGUUCUCCCAAGGUAUUUGAUGCAGUUAAUACUACAUAUUCUAACUUCAAGAGCAACUUUGCCAAGAGACUAUCGGCUGAGGUUCCUGUUGCCAGUAGCCCAAUUACCACAAGAUGGCGGCAAAGCCAAACUAGGGAUGUGGCAGCCCACUCCUUUGGCGAAGAGCAUUCAACCACAGACUUCACAGAAACUGUGCUGAGGAUGACUCCUGAGAAAGAGACCUUGAGUCCAGGAUCCUACAAGGAACCACUGAAGACCCCCAACAAAGGAAGUUUUGAAACAAGUAACUCUGCUUUCCAUUUUUGCAAGGCAUCUCAUGCACUGGACAGGGGCUGGAAGGAAAAUGUUGCCUCAACAGGCCAGAAAUGCUUAAACCAGCUAUUUUCGACCCAGAAGGUGGCUCAGCAGGUUAACGGGAAAAUGCAGCUCUGUGAGCAGCCCCAGUGCAUUUGGAAAGGCUGCAAUGAUGGAGUAAAAGAUGGGUACUUCUACAUUCAAAGUUUCAGUGAUACAAACUAUUCCAUACUCCAGCCAGAGGUGAAGAUUCAUCUUACUGGUCUUCGAAAUGACUACUAUCUAAAUGUUUUGGACUGGAAUUUUCAAAAUCUUGUUGCUAUAGCCCUUGGAUCUUCUGUGCACAUCUGGAAUGGGGAAAGCCACAGUGGUAUUGAAAAUAUAGAUUUAAGUCUCACUUGUAACUAUGUAUCUUCUGUGUCUUGGAUUGAAAAAGGAAACUACCUGGCAGUUGGCACCAGCGAGGGAGAAGUGCAGUUAUGGGAUGUGGUCACUAAAAAGCGGCUGAGAAAUAUGCUCGGUCAUUUGUCAGUAGUUGGGGCUCUGAGCUGGAAUCACUGUAUCCUUAGCAGCGGGUCGAGACUGGGCCGUGUUUAUCAUCACGAUGUUCGGGUAGCCCAGCACCGUGUUGGAACUCUUCACCACAAGCAAGCUGUGUGUGCCCUGAAGUGGUCGCCAGAUGGCAGGCUGCUUUCCAGUGGCUGCAGUGACGGGCUGCUGACUAUAUGGCCCCAUGAUCCAGGUGUGACUGCACAGGGUCACCCACUAAAAGUCAUACCCCAACCUACAGCAGUCAAGGCCAUGGAUUGGUGUCCCUGGCAGUCUGAAGUCCUUGCUGUUGGAGGAGGAAUGAAGGAUGGACACUUACACAUCCUGGACAUAAAUACUGGGCAGAGCAUCCAGACCCCAAGCACAAACUCACAGAUUUGUUCCCUUGUCUGGCUACCAAAGACAAAGGAGAUUGCAACUGGCCAAGGUUCUCCUAAGAAUGAUGUGACUGUGUGGGCCUGCCCUGCUCUGGCCAGGUCAGGUGGGUUUUUUGGCCACAGAGGCAGAGUGCUGCACCUGGCUUUGAGUCCAGACCAGACCAAGGUGUUUUCUGCUGCAGCUGAUGGCAUAGCCUGUGUAUGGAAUUGCCACUAGUCACUCAGCCCCUCUCAGCCUCAGCUUCCUCAUUUCUAAGUGAGAAUAAUGAUGUUGGCUUUGACUUCUCCAUAGUGUUGU